GCCAUUUUGUUUUUUCGGGAGCAAAAGUCAGAUGAUGUGGAAUAUUUUCCACGUUUAAAGAAAAAUAAUGGACGAUGAAGCUGCACUAAAAGAAAGCGUGUCCAAUCUUCGUGAUGCCAUUUUACUCGGGAGGGCAGACAUCGUCAGGAGCAUUCUUUCUACUGCAGCUGAAUUUAGGGAAGAAGGUGAACUAUUUGGAGAUGAUGAGGAGGAUGACCCUAUGGCAAGACAAAGAUAUUUUGAAGAAUAUACAGAUCCUUAUGACAUAUUGAAGAUUAUUUUAAACUACGUUGACAGUGAUGCUGGGACAUGUCUUCAUUUAGCAACCAAGUUAGGUUUUGCCGAUGGUGUCAGAGCUCUGCUUUCAGCAGGAGCAGACCCUACCAUUACUAACCACGAAGGGGCAACAGCAUUUGAUUACUGUACUGAUAAGAAUAUACUUGGGAUUUAUAAUGAAGAAUUAUUACAAGCUGCCGCUGGGGGGAAUGUUCCAAGGGUGUCUCGGCUUCUCAAGUGUGGAGUGAGUCCAAAUGCUUCUGAUGGUGCCGAAAGUGACAAUAAGGUUCUACAUUGGGUUGCAAGUUAUGGGACAGAGGAGAUGGUCAGACUCUUGUGUGAGAAUAAUGCUGAAGUAAACAUACAAAAUGCCAAUGGAGAGACACCACUGCACGAUGCUGUCAAAAGAGGAGACUGUCAAGUUGUCCAAAUACUUCUAGAGUUUGGUGCGAACCCAAAUAUUAAGGCAACAGAUGGUGGCAUCAAAGGUAAAACUCCAGUAGAUCUGGCUUCUGAUGAAGUAAUGAGGUCUGUCUUUUUGAGGUCUGCCAGUAUAAAAGACAGAAAAAUUGUCCAGAAUGGAGUCUUACUUGGAAAUGAUAAAGAUUUCUCAGAUGCAGAUUCUUUUGUUUCUGAAUCAGCAACAUCCAUAGAAACAGCCUCGCUACUACCAUCUCUCUCUCCUUCGAUGCGUGCAAGACAGCUGUCAACUGAAUCCAGUGCUUCUAAAGAUCCAUUAUUUGGUACUUUGUGGCCAUCACCACAGCGAGUGCUAGAGAUUAGAGGUGGACAUUAUAAACCCUCUUCCACUCUUCCUGUUUACAUCCACAGACCCAGUACAGGCUGUCUACAAGAGCUGUGUACCAUGUGGGAAACAAUGGAGCCACAUUUCAAACAAGCUGGAUAUGAAAUAGAUAUGACCAUUAUUGCAGAAGAUGGUGAAUGGACUCCAUUGCCAUCUGGAAGCAUUGAUUGCAAGAUUUGUCCCAAUUUAUUUACCAGACCUGAAGGUUAUAAAAUCAAUGUAUCAACAGCCAAGAUGUCCAUCAUGGCCAGUGAAUCGGUCUCCUUGUGGUAUGCACUUAACACUGUUCUACAGUUAUUACGGUCGUGUAAAGACAAAGGUGUUCCAACAUCACAGAUAAGUGAUUGGCCGGAUGUUAAAUACCGUGGUGUUCUAAUUGAUGUAUCAACUGGAAGGGUUCCAAAACUGGAAACUCUCUUGUCUUUGGUAGAUGUAUUAUCAAGUGUCAAGAUUAAUCAACUUCAGCUUUACAUGCAAAAUACAUUUGCUUACCGUGGACAUGAUAGCRUGCAUAGGAACAACACACCAUACACACAAGGUGACAUCAUCAAACUAGACAAGUAUUGUAAAGCAAGGUAUAUUGAAUUAGUACCUCAUGUUGAGAGCUUGUCUGGCUUUAGUCAGUGGAUAAAGUUCAAACAAUAUGCGCAUUUAGCAGAGAUCCCUAUAGACCUAGAGGUAAUAGAUGAAAAAGUUCACAGUUGUCUUUGCCCAUCUAGUCAAGAGAGUAUCAAUUUCGUUCUCGAUCUUCACAACCAGACAUUCCCAUGCUUUUCCUCCUCCAGAUUCGCUCAUGUGGGAGUUGAUGUUACUGAUGAAUUCGGUAGAGGAAAAUCCUAUGUUAUCGCUGAGGCCAAAGGAAAAGAAGGCCUGUACAUGGAGUACCUUCAACGUAUGUAUAAAUCCUGUCGAUCCCAUGGUCGUACCAUGCAGUUUUGGGCUAACCCGUUGCACGAACAUCCUCAGUUGCAUAGUAAUCUACCCACAGAUGUAAUCGCCAUGGAAUACGGUGGAAGGGUUGAUUAUGAUUUCAUGAAACACUGUAGAUUGCUGUCAGACGCCGGAGUUGGUUUCUUUGUCUGUCCUGGCACCUUGACAUGGAACAGCGCAUGUGCUAAUACAGACGACAGCUUGACACUAAUCAACAACGCCGUACAGACGGCUGUUACGUGUGAUGCUCUAGGCAUGCUCGUCUGCGAUUGGUCUCUACCUGGUCACGUGAAUCCUCUGUGUAUGAGUGUCCCAGCAUUCUUAUCAGGUGCUGGUUUGUCGUGGAAGGCAGAUACAGACAUGACUGUAGUCCAGUCUUCCCUGCCAGACAUCAUCAGCAGACAUGCUUUCCUUGAUGCUUCGGGAAAAAUCGGGCUCGCUCUUAACGACCUUGGUAAAGUUCAUUCCUUUCUAGUAAAAAUUGAGGCCGAACAGGCAAGUCAUGCCCCUCAGGAGACCCGUGGGGUUCAUCCUGUGGCAUAUUCACACGAGGGGACCCUACUGUGGAGACUUUUGCACGAUGGCGGAGAUACAGAGUUGACAUCCAUAGGCCUCGAUACUCUACAGCAAGCUACACGUCACAUUCGUCAAUGCCAAAACACUUACCAAUCUGCAGAACCCAAAUGUGCCCAGAACAGUGAAAUCCUGAAAGAGCUAGACAUCACUAUCGAUAUCUUAGUGUACCUUUGCAAGAUAUGUCGAGUCAUCUUACUGGCCAAGAAACAAAACAUAAAUGUAAAGACCCUAAAAGAUGUGCCAAUCAUUAACAGGACAGACCUUGCUAAUAGGCUGCUAGGACUGAUUGGACAGUAUCAAAAAGUUUACUUGCUACGAAACAAGCAAGGUGGAUUAUUAUCAGCUAAGAAGCAACUACAGAAGAUAUUACUACGACUAUUACCUCAAGAAAAUGAAAUACAUACCUGAACUAUUCAUUGUCUGUCUUCCCCGACGUAUAACGAAGUUUUAGGGGGGUACCAGUUUAUUCCAAAGAAAGAGCGAUGGCAAAUUCAUGGAAGGAAAAAGAUUUCCGCUUCUAACACGGUAUUCCAUUCGUUACCAUUUCGAGUCGGGAAGAGAAAUCCAGAAAAAUUCAAGUAUUGAAUUGUAACUUGGAUAGAAUACAAGGAACAAAUGCGUCAAAAUAAUAGUUGAUCAAUAAUAUACACUAUAGUUGAUUAAUAGUAUACACUAUAGUUGAUUAAUAGUAUACACUAUAGUUGAUUAAUAGUAUACACUAUAGUUGAUUAAUAGUAUACACUAUAUUUGAAAAUUAAAGUUCCAGUUAUCGUUUAUAGAGUUGUUAAUUGGAAUUGCUUGGAUUACACUUCGAUUGCCCAAAAAUUACUUGAUUCAGGAAGAAAAAUUUGGGACUCCUUUGAUGGUUUGUAGUUCAUAUUUUUGCUCACAGAGUUGCUCACAGUAGACCAAUAUCGUACCCGGAGAAUCUCUGCGUACGAGAUUGAAAAUAAACCCCAUUUACCUUUGUAUGCAAAUUGCCCAUUCACCAUGGUCACAUGGUCUGAAAUGUGCACAACAAACAACGAACUAAAUAGGUUUAAAAAUCAACCACACCCUAAAUCCAUCGUUUGAUGUAGGUUCUUAAAUUCGGCGUAAAACCCAGAUUCUUAAAGCCGGCGGCGCAAUUGAUAUCAACAGGGGAGAGCGCGGGUGAAUUAUAAACCCGGGAUAGGUUUUUAAUUACUUUUCCUUAUACUUGCCCGAGAGAACGCAAGGUAUGAAAACAGUACUAUUUUUAUUUCUAUCGGAACAAUAGAGUGCAAACGCGGAUAUAUUGUACUCUAUUUCCAAAAGAACAAAGCAACAGUAAUCUAUCUCUCUGAAUUCAUUAUAAUUUAGUAUUUCGUGUUUUGCAUCGAAACAAUGGAAUUUAGGGCUUAGUUGAUAUUUUAAACCAGUUCAAACGCACGGGCUCGGUUUUGCAUUAGGCGGCCCUCUGUCUUGAAUUCUAAUGCAAAACCUCGUCCUAGCGUUUGAACCUUUAUCUAUUGACCCGAGAAGUAAAAGAUGCUUUUUCUUCGUGAUGAAAGCAAAAAGGGACACAUUAUGGAAGCGAAUUAACAUUGGGCGAAUUCACCUGCUCUUCUGAUUGGCUAACACGACAAAAAAAC